CUACUCUUUCCCCCGACUUCCCAUUUUAUGCUCUUUCCAUCCCCUUUUCGGAAUCUCUCUGACUUUCUGCCACUCGUUACUGUAAACUGGUCGAAGAAGGAAAGGAUUUUCUCUUGAAAAAUAUCUACCCAACCAAAACUUAGUCCAACUCCUGGCAAUGCCUGCAGCGAUUUCCAUCAAUGGGUCUCUCUUGCCUAGACGAAGGAAGAGCAUCGGAUAACCCCAAGGGGUUGUGGGUGUUUUUCUACCAAUUGGAGUUCUCCCAUGUUUCAAACCAAAAGAAUUAGAAAAGACAAAUUCAAGCCCUAAUGAAAGUCAUGAACUACUUGGGCGAGCACCGGAGGAAAUUUCAUUUAAAAAAAAGGCAUUCUUGGGUGUUCAUUAAUGCCUUUUAAAUAGUAUUACUAGCAAACUUCCCGACAGCCAUCAAGCACUACAACUUGCAUCACCAUCAAGAAAAUCUCAUUUUCUGGCCCACACAAACAACUCUAUGUGAAGAUAAUGAUGAGGAAAUCAUCUUCAAUUGAUCCUCGUGACCAUACCUGCCUCGUGCUCAAGUACGCCAUAUCAUCGCGGCUUUUGUUAAUAACCUUGAUAUCUCUCUGGCGAUCUUUUCUCAGCCCAUACGACACCUCCGCUUUUAUUAACCCUGGCUGCCUCUCAUCCGCAGACGCCAACGCCAAUGCUGAUACGGAUCCUCAACUGCUGUUUCCACAUGUUGCGUCUGCAUUGGAGGGCAGCAUUGUUUGGGACAGUGUUUACUAUGUUCGUAUCGCACAAUGUGGCUAUGAAUAUGAACAGUCCUACGCCUUUUUCCCUUUGCUCCCCAUGUGCAUCUCUCUCUUAUCUCGAACUGUUUUAGCACCAUUGAUACCAAUUAUUGGACAUAAAGCUGUACUGGGAUUAUCGGGAUAUGUCCUUAACAACAUUGCAUUUGUUUUCACUGCUUUAUAUAUUUACAGGCUUUCAAUUCUUAUAUUGAAUGACUCAGAAGUAGCAUUGCGAGCAUCAAUUUUGUUCUGCUUUAAUCCAGCCUCCGUAUUCUACUCAUCAAUAUAUUCUGAGAGUUUGUAUGCUGUCUUCUCGAUUGUGGGAUUGUACAAUUUAUUGGGUCAUGCAAAUAAUGUUGCAACACUUUGCUUUGCUCUCUCUGGGGCUGCUAGGUCAAAUGGGAUGCUCAAUGCUGGCUAUUUUUGCUUUCAAGCAAUGCAUCAGGCUUAUGAUGCCAUCAUUCUCAAAAAGCAUGCUUCUCUUGCUCUGCCGGUGGUUGUUUCUGGUGCUUUCCGUUGCUUCUGUAUCUUUAUUCCUUUUGUCUCUUUUCAAGCAUACGGAUAUUUAAAUAUCUGUAGAAGACAUGCAGAGGAUGAAAUGAUCCCUUGGUGCAGGGCAAGAAUACCUUUGCUGUACGAUCAUAUUCAGAGUCAUUAUUGGGGAGUGGGCUUCUUGAAGUAUUUCCAAGUGAAACAGUUGCCCAACUUCCUCCUUGCGACUCCGGUGUUGUCUCUUGCUAUCUGUUCAAUUGUAUAUUACGUGAAGCUGUCUCCUAAAGUUUUCUUUUCUCUUGGUUUGGGAGCUUUUCCUGUUAACAAAGAGUUGUUUGCAUACAUUAUACCCCCGGGAACAAAUGGAGAGCCCGAAACUCCUGGCUCUCUGGAAGAUGAAACAUCAAGCACACUGCAAGAUGCUCAAUCUCUUAGACAGAGGAAAAGGUUUACCAAAGGAUGGAGCCCUGUUAGGAAUGUUUCAUUACAAUCAGGCAAUGUGUCAUCAGAAGGACGUGCAUGUUUACCCGUUCUCGUUAUUCCUUUCAUUCUACAUACUGGUUUCAUGGCUGCCACAGCUUUUCUAGUCAUGCAUGUGCAGGUUGCUACUCGAUUCUUAUCUGCCAGCCCUUUGCUUUAUUGGUUUACCUCCCAUGUCAUGAUGACACCCAGUAUUGCCAAGAGAUGGGGGUAUUUUAUUUGGGUAUACUGUGCAUCUUACAUACUUAUUGGCAGUUUGCUUUUCUCAAACUUUUAUCCCUUCACUUGAGAAUUGAGAUGCUUGAAUUCUCCGAAAAGUUAUGGAUAGUCAAAUCUGGGUCAUUAUAUUAUGUUCUGCAGGAGAUGAACAUGCCGUAUGUUUUGAUGCAACACUUUUGGAAAAUCAUCUUUGCCUGGCAGGCAGGGAAAUUCUGUAGAGUGUAGGGUAGCUGGAUCUUGCUAAUUGAUCAAACAUAUGAACUAAUUUAAAACUUGUCUCUAUAUGAAUCUGAGUCCAGUUUUGGAAUGUCAAGAUAAAUAGCCUGUUUGUGAUUUCA